AGUACUAGUUCAAAGUUCGAUUCACGACAUACGGAUUACGGAAACAGAGACGGCGAAUAUCGUAUCGUUGACAGGAAGACAGCUGAUUACAAGAUUACGAUAAAUAUGUAAUUUUUUCCCACUAAUCUCCGUUGUCUAAAAUUAUACGUGAAUCUAUUAAACAUAAAUGUUAUUUAAACUUCAGUUAAAGUAGUCGUUCGAAGCGAAAAUGUCGCACUACAGCGAUGCCGAAGAAGACUCCAUCGAUGGUAUCCAAAAGGACGAUGGAGUCCGGAAAAGGAGGCCCAUGGGCUGGGCAUUGGACAUCGAAACCGAAUCCAUUGCAUCCGAGAUUAAGGACUUGUUAGAAGAAGAUGUUAACUCCUUGGUGGAAGAGGACUGCGUUGGCUGUCCUUUGCCAUCCACUCCUGAAGAUGAGAACAUCUUGGAUUCCGAAAUGAGUGAAGUUUUAAAAGCGGCUGUCCUAGGUACAGGAGAUGAGUUAGAUAUCAGCGCAUUGGCCCACAACGCUGCAUCCCAAGCGGAGCAUGUGGUGCGCAAGAUGAUACAAGCCGGUUGGUCCGUAUGUCACUUUCGCAACCUGCCCGCCUGGUUGCAGGACAACGAUUUCCUGGUGUUCGGCCACCGGCCGCCCCUUCCCAGCUUCAGGGCCUGCUUCAAGAGCAUCUUUCGCCUUCACACCGAAACUGCCAACAUAUGGACACAUCUGCUGGGCUGCGUCGCCUUCAUAGGUAUCGCAAUUUACUUUCUGAUGCGACCGACUACGGAGAUUGAAAUACAGGAGAAGAUCGUGUUCGGCGCGUUCUUCGCCGGCGCGAUAAUCUGCCUGGGGAUGUCGUUUAUGUUUCACACGGUGAAUUGCCAUUCGCAGUUUAUAGGUAAAUUGUUUUCGAAAUUGGAUUAUUGCGGCAUCGCCUUGCUGAUUAUGGGUUCCUUCGUGCCGUGGCUUUAUUACGGGUUCUACUGCCAUUUUCGACCGAAAGUCGUGUAUUUAUCGGUGGUGUGCGCUUUGGGAAUAACCAGCAUCAUGGUGAGCCUAUGGGAUAAAUUCUCGGAAUCGGGAUGGCGUCCCUUCAGGGCUGCCGUGUUUAUGACCUUCGGAUUGAGCGGAAUCGUGCCGGCCAUACAUUACGGCAUCGUGGAAGGUUGGUUCAAUUACGUCAGCCAAAAGUACCUCGGCUGGUUGAUACUGAUGGGAAUGCUGUACAUCGUGGGCGCCAUGUUCUACGCGCUGCGCGUGCCCGAACGGUGGUUCCCCGGCAAGUGCGACAUCUGGUUCCAUUCGCACCAAAUAUUCCACGUCUUUGUGCUUGGCGGGGCGCUCGUCCACUACCACGGUAUCUCAGAAAUGGCCAUGCACCGGGUGACUAUCGGCCAGUGCGAAAUGCCCGACUCGCCUAUAUAUUGAUUCGUAUUAUAGGCGAUCUCUUUUGCCCGUAUUCAGGAGAUUUAUAUUAACAUUAUUAUCAUUGGUUGUAUUGUUUUCUGUCGCUAUUGUUGUCACACAGCUUUGGGUUAUUCUUUAGACAAUAUAACUAAUAAUCGGGUUAUUAUUAUCGUUAAUUAUGUUUCUUGUGAUGAUUGUAAAAUUUUUUGAAUAUGGGCAUUGGGGUGGUGUUUUUUUGUUGAAGGGAGGGGUAGGAAAUGAAUUAUAUUUCGAGUGUAUAAUGUUUAAAAACCUAAGUUUUUUUCGGUUGAUAUUUAUUAACUAAACCAAAUACAAGCAUAAUAAGGAUGAUAAAAUGCGCGGCUGUUUUAUUGAUUUUGUUAGUUUUUAUACAGGGUGGUCAAGUAACGUCACCCCGUAUGUAGAAAGGUUAUAAUGCUUGAUGUAUUCCCCCUGUUGUUGCAGUAUUCGCAGCGGGAAUCGAGUACUUAAUGUGUAUUUUAAUUUUUUUUACGUUAUCAAAAAAUAAAUUCGUAAGGUAUUUUUGUAAUAAUCGAGUGAUAUGCUAACAUACAAUUUUUUAUUUUGAUUCGCGUUUCGGAAAUUAAAUUGAAUUUUUGUAUUUAAAAAUCCAUAUUUGGUGCAUCCAGUAUAUUAAUUACUCGUUUUAUGAAGAAAGAAUUGUAUCCAGUACUCAAUGUAUUUCUUAUUUCGCACUAACUUCUCUAGGUAUCGCACUAAAUUGCUUUUUUCAUAAAAUUUCGAAAGAUCCAUUAACAUUUUUUUCCUUUCUCUUGAUGAAACGAGCUUGUAACUUGAUAUACUAUUUUUAGAAAUUAUUGGUGGGGUUUUUUAAACGCAUUUUUUAAUUUUACUCCCUCACGAUUUGAAGACAGUGAUUUGUUUGAUAAACAAUCUGUAAGUAUUUUAAAGGUGUUUAAAAUUGAAUUCUAAUACUGAAACAAGACUACUUAUCAUUAUCAAUAAUAAAAAACAUAUAUUUUGCUAUUGUGUAGUAUUAUUGAUAGAAUUUUAAAAAGUACAGUAAGUUUUAUGAUGUGGGAAUUUUAAUUUUAUUCGGUGUAAAUCAACUCAUUUAAUUAAGUAAUUAUAAAAUAACUACGCUAAUUCAACAAAAUUGCUAAUUGUAUUCUUAAAUAAUAUCUUUUGGUGCUUGUUUUUUACGAUUAUUUUCUUAAAACGGGGUAUUUUACAUUAGUUUUUAAUCGUUUCUUGUGAUAUUUAAAUAAGUUCUCGUUUUCUGAUGUCGCUUUAUUCUCGAUUUAGUAUAACGCAGCGUUGGUUUUGGAACAUUUUCGACUUUCCCGUUAGAAACCGAUAAUUUUUCAAAACUCCUGUUCUUUUCGUCACUUUGUACCUUUUUUUUCUGUUAUCAUUCGUAGGUUUAUUUGUUUCGAACUUGAAGAAUUGUAAUGUUAAAAUAAACUGAUUAAAAAUA